UCGCUGUCUGUGUACUAUUACUAUUACUCUGUAUAUCCAGGCCAUAGUCUAAAAGCCUCCAUCGUUUUACCAUGAAGCUUUCAUCGGUCAAACAAUUAAUUUAUUCAGAAAAACGUUUAGCCUAGCUACUAAAAGCAGCUUGAGGAAAUGGAAGAUUGCAUAGGCCUAUUUCACACUCAUGACCUCCCAGAGGCCCUGCCACUAACAAUUGCUUCAUUAGUUCCCAGAGCCCCGGUGCCAGGGGCCACGAAUAUAAUCAAGCUCAGUAGUCGCUGCAUCAAUAUUUUAGUGAAAGCAACAGUUCCUCUACAAACGGGCAAAAGGACAGUGCAAUAGGGAACACUUAGAGUGCAACUGUGGCGAAAGACGUCGUCAUAAGAUCCAGUUUCUGUUGAUGACCCCCCGCUCUCAGGAAGCUUGUUCAACAGUGUUUGUUUUUGCCACUCAAAGUGGAAAUGCAUCAAGCCACAACUUUGGCAAUAUGGUAAUUAGCAGCCUUGGCUCCCCGACAUCACCCAGCAAGAGAGAGCGAAAGGGAGAGAGAGAGAGAGAGCUGUUACCAUGGAGACUGGCAAGCUGGGUUUUGUUCAGAGUGCCGUGCCAGAGGGCUCAGUUGCGGUGACGGCGGCAGUGCAUGAGGCAGCAGCAGACAUGAUGCACGUUCAGGCCCCGCUUGCUACCUUCUACGUCCGCACCAUGACGGGGCCCUCGCAACCGCAGGUGCCGCCGCCGCCAGUGGCAUCCCAGACGCAGCCGACUCAGGCCCAACCUCCUGCGGCCGUGAUCCAGGACACUCCAGCCAUCACCCUGCCAAUCCCCGCUCUCAGCACCAAACAGCCUUUGCCUAUCCUGACUCUCCACAUCGCCGGAGGGAUGCCUCUGGCGGCCACGCAGGCCCUGAAGUCUGGUGGAGCGGCGAUGCCCACAGGGGUGGUGCCGUGCCCCUCCAAGCCCCCGAAGUCGGUGGGCAAGCACGUGUGCCAGUACUGCGGGCGUGACUGCCUGAAGCCCAGCGUGCUGGAGAAACACCUGCGCUGCCACACGGGCGAGAGGCCGUACCCUUGCACCGUCUGCGGGAUCUCCUUCAAGACCCAAAGCAACCUCUACAAGCACAAGCGCACGCAGGCGCAUGCCCGGAUCUCCAGCGAGUCGGACCGGGGCAGUCUGAGCAGCCAGGAGAGCCUGCACAGCUCCAGGGACACUUGCUUCUCCUCCAGCUUCUCGCUGGACGCCCAGAGUCAGGACUGUGGUAGCCAGGAUGGCAUUGAGGUUGCGGCCAAGCAGCCUCUUGGGACCACUACGGAAUCUGGUCAGUCGCAUUUGAACCAGGAGGACACGCUGGGCUCAGGCACAGUUAGGGCUUUGCAACAGGCUGCUUUGGUUGGUCUCAUCGUUGCCCCCAUGGAAGUACAGAAAGAAGUGCUGACAUCUCCGUCUCAACAGAUGGAGCCCCCGUGUGGUGGUGGAGUUACCACUGCAGGCAGAGACUCAAAAAGGCUGGCCAUGGGAGAAUGCCCAAGACCCUGUGGUGGUGCAAGGUUGAUACCCAACCGACACCUCCCUCUGCAAAGGCAGGAGGCCACUCUUUCCCCCAAGCCGUGGGACUCCAUGUCUAUGUCCAGGGGCAAGUCUCAGAGUCAUGACAGCACCGACUCUGGGUUCAGUGACAAUGGUGAACACCACUGGACAUCAAGUCCGGGGAGCAGCCCGCAUGAGCACAGCAUGGAGUCGUUGACUGAGUCCAGCAUGGAGGUACCAGAUUCUCGGGCCGUCUGCCAGGUGGACUCUGACCCAGCCUCAGCUGGGGGCUCUAAGAGCAAGGUGUCGGUCCAGGAAAAGAGGCAAUUGGAGGAGCGCAUCUCAAAGAUCAUCUCAAAGAACGAUGAGCUGAUGGACGACAAACGCCUGGAGAACGUCCGCCCGAGGAAGACGAUGCUGUCCAAACAAGGCAGCAUUGACCUCCCCAUGCCCUACACCUACAAGGACUCUUUUCAUUUUGAGAUGAAGUCCACCACCAUGUCCACCAUUGCCACCUCCAAGCAGACGUCUAUCUCACCAGGCCCAGACAGGAGAGGGAUACAAGCAUUCCACAGCUCCCUGCCCUCCCAACAUGUCGACAGCCUGGACCACACUCCCUUGACCAGGAGCAGCUCCUUGCCCUUUAGUGUAAGCGAGCAGCAGAGUGAUACAGCAGGCAUGGCCUCACCCCGUCACACUGACCGCCUCACACUGAACAGGAGAAGCAGUGCGGGACACUUAUACUCGCUUAAGGUCGGGACGCAGUCCGUGGACCGGCACGAGCCGACCCACCGGUCCCUGGUCAGGCAGGGGGCCGUGGACUGCCUGCCGGAGGUGUCUCCCACCAAGAGGGGCAGCCUGAGCAGCCUCAGCUCUGACACGGACUGCACGGACACCGCGGGCGGGUCGCCCGCCUCCAGGAAGUAUCGAAGGAAGCGGUCGCAGAAAUUUGACUACAACAAAUGGUACGUGUACGGCGACGGAACAUUCCGAAAGCUCUACAGUACUUCGUCAGAGAAAGAACUGGAUUCCUCCACGCUGAAAACACGAAAGUCCCUCGCUAAUAGCCUUGAGCAUCAUGAUGAGAGAGAGGACAUUCAAAUCAGCCAGGUCAGAGAUCUUGGCGCAGGCACAAAGGUGGCUGUUUCCAUCACAAACAUGUCAGUGGGCACAAUGCAAAGCGUUCUUUGUCCCUCCACCAGCCCUGGGCUUGGCAUGGCCCCUGCGGAUGCAUCAUGUACAGACAGGAUACACAGCAGUGGUCCCUCCUAUGUACUGCUCCCAGGCUCCAUGUUGAAGACCGCAGGGCCGCCGCAGCAACGGGCAGAGAGCCAAGUGAUUCUGGGCACUGACAUUUUCUCACCGAAGGAGUCAACAAUAGAGACGAGCUGUGAGAUUGUCCCACAGCACAGGUCUCUUCCCUCUGAAAGGAAGAAACUACGCACAGAGGAGAAUGUCUGUGUUGUACUAGACAGUAUGGACACUGGAGCAAGGGAAGGGAGCGCCCCCGCUUAUAAAAUCGGAUGGACAGAUGGAGACAUGACUAAUGGUGUGAAUCAAACCCUGGUGCCCGCGGAGAGAGAAAGCAGCAGGCCUCACAUUCAACGCCAGGAUAGUCUAAUCUACCCUCACAUAACGGCCAGACAGCCUCUGCAGAAGAGGCACAGCUCUCCGCUUUGUAUGGUGGACGUAAGCAGACCAUCUGAGCUGGUCACUGCUUCCUCCAACACCACCACCACCACCAUCUCCCUGCCAGCAAAGACCAACUUUCUGCCCAAGUAUCAGCUGAAGCUCCCCCAGACCUCAGGGAAUGGAGAAUCUUGCCCACGCCGCAUGGCACCUUUCAUUCGGCACAGCUUCUCGUCGUCGCAAAUCUUCACGACGUGCGCACCCCGCUCAGGCCACAGCGACUCCAUAACGUCAUUCACAACCUUGACGCAGAGUCAACCGGUCACGCCCAUCACACUGAUCCACAGUCAGCAGAACAGGUCGAACGGGAGCACGAGGCUAAACACGCUGGGCCUGCCCGCCCCCAUCUCAACUUGGAGCCCCUCUGCUGCAGCCGUUAGGGGGCUGACACACAACUUUCCUGCCCGAGGUUUAGGGGUGCCUGGUCCACCACAGAGCUUGAGAACCACGAGCGAUACACCCUGGACAGCACAGAAUCAGACGUUCACCAUGGUCACUUCAUCCAUUCCAGGUCAGUCUUACAUGUGCAAGACAGUGUUAGCGCAAGAUCAGUUUGGCUCCAUCACAACCCCACGCCACAGCCAGUCUGUCAUACCUGUCAUAUCUCACAAUCAGACUACACACACAGGCACAUUAUGUCCUGAACAGCGUGCCAAAUCUCUCACAGAUAUCAAUCUCACAGGUACAGCUAAGCCUGUCCAGUAUCACAUUCAACAAGUGGCAAAUGUUACAGAAUUAGCCCGGAUACCAACCGCUACACCCACAACAGUGUUUUCCAUUAGUCACCCUAUUCAACCUGUCACAGGUGUAACACUCGAUCAGACAGUUGCUCCUGCAGCAGUACAGUGUCACAGUCGGCAAGUGACAGCUGUUGUAGGUUUCAACCAAAACAAUCCAGUUACACAGGCAACAGUAUUUUCUAGCAACCAACAUGUCAGAGAUGUGUCAUUCAAUCAGACACCUUUACCUGUUCCCUUACAAUAUCAGAUUCAGCAAGCUCUACCAGCAUCAGGUUUAAGCCAAAGUAUUUCAGUUAAACCAAUCACAAUGUUUGCCACCUCUCGACCAGUGAAAUCUGCUAGAGAAAUGUCUCUCAGUCAGAGAGGUACACCUGUAUCUGUGCCAUGUCAGAUUCAGCAAGCUACAACUGUUAUAGGUUUAGCACAGAAUGUUCCAGUUACCACAAACACAAUAUUUUCUACAAGUCAACCUGUCAAACAUUUGACUGAUUUGUCUCUCAGUCAGAUAACACCAGUGGUUGUACAGCAUCAAACGCAGGAACUUGCGGCUGUCACACCGUUGGAACAGAGAGUUCCAGUUACAUCCACCAGGAUAGUUUCCAGUUGUCGAGCAAUUAAGUCUGUCAGAGAAAUGUCAAUUAGUGAAGCACCUACUCCUGUUACAGUACAAUAUCACAUUCAGCAAGCAACAACAUUAGCACAGAAUGUUCCAGCUAAUUCCACAGUAGUUUCAAGUGAACCAAUUAAGCAGGUCACAGAUAUGGCACUUCAACAAGUAGCUACCCCUAUAACUGUACAGUGUGUCAUUCAGCAGGCUACACCUAUCACAGUAUUAUCCCAGAAAUCUACACCUAUUACAACACAUGCACUGCAUCAAUUAAUUAAUCCUGUCACAGACAUGGCACUCAGACAGGCAGGUAAACCUGCAACAGCACAAUAUCACAUUCAGCAACCCACACCAAUAUCUCACACUCAGCCAGCAAAACCUGUCACUGUGGAAUCCCUCAGCCAGCCACCCACAGCAGUCCCAGUCAGAUACCAGUGUCAAGCAGCCAUGUCAGGCUUAGGAAACAGCCAAACAGCUUCACCUCUUGCCGUCAUACCCCUGAAUCAGCCAGUUACACCCACAGCAAGUGUCGUACAGCAACUUCAGACCACCUACACAUCGAUUAGUACAAUAGCACUGGGUGAUCCUUGUGCAUCCACACCCAGCGUGCAGAGUCAGGGGUCAACAUCUGUGACAGCCUCCCCACAGUCCGCCACGCAUGCUCCCGAGUCCUCUGCUGUUUGCCCUCUGGUGGAUAUCACCCCAGAGGCCCGCUCAACCACCACUGUCCCCAGAGAGAGUCUCCAUGGAGGGGGCGUCGUCGGGCAGUUCGGUGGCGUGCCUGCUCAGGCCCCUGCUCAGGACACGUUCUUCAUGAGAACACCGGACUUGCAGAUUGUCAUGCAGCUCAUCUCUGACGAGCAGCUGGCCCUUAUGGCACCUCAGAUUGAAGCUGGGGAUUACAAACAAGGAGCCGGGUGUCCCUCCAUCAUCGCCGGGUCAGCAGAGGCGCCAAAGACAGAGAUGAGCGGACAGCCUUCUCUAGUUUCUCAGGACAUGAGUGUGAGUGUAACAAAUAAUGGUAAUGACGUAAAUUCAACACAAGGGGGAUCCAUAGCUUCAAGAAUCAUGUCAACAGAUGGAUCUACUAUGAUGGCAAUGUCAGAUUGUGCUACAUCAGUUAGCACUGCUAAACCUUCCUGUCCUGCUUCUCUGUUCAUGAACUCCAACUCAUCUCUGACAGGAAAGCCUUGCCAGAGUCAGGCUUCAGUUUUGCUGGGCACUGCCCAGAAUCUAUACAUACCAGACCAUACAGGUACAGUGACUAGACAGGCCACAGAAUCUGGAAUGAAAGAAAACUGUGAAGUGGGACAGAGAGAUUGUAUUCCUGCCCAAUUGAUGGUCAAUGAGAAGAACUCUACAACGGAACAAGGUUCCGUGAAAGCCCACAUUUCAGUUCAUACACAGCAGCAUUCAUCAGUGGGGCCCACAUCUCCUACACUUUACAAUCCCACAAUGCAACACUGCAUCGUUCAGGCUCCAGAAUCUCAUCAGCAAAGCAGUUUGAGUGGGCCACAGUCAUCGGUCUCGACUGAGAGGCCAUGCCCUCCAACAAUGCAAAAGUCUUUGCCCAGCAAAGUUGGAGCCCUGGUACCUAAUCAGGAACACCAUCUGUCAGGUGUUCCUGUGGGUUUGAUUGCCUCAGUCAGGAGCAGUGCACCCGUUUCCGCCCAAAGGGUGGUUGAUGUGGAGCCCCAGCCAUCACUCCUCUCUGCUUGUCACACGUCUCCACCUGCGGCUCACUGUCCAUCUGUUUCCCAUCACUCUCCCCACUCCGAGAGGACGAGCUCCUCUUGCAGCGUUUUUCAGUCUGGCGCGAUGCCUAACAUCAGUCACACAACUGUCACAACACAGACCAAUCCGCAGCACUGCCUGCUAGACGUGCCUAGCAGACCCCAGACUCUCACUGCUGAAGACCAGCUAGGACAAACAAUAUCAGUGUCCACUGAAAUAUUAGCCUCAAAGCCAGACCGGCAUCAGCCGCUGGGAAGUGCACUGGGACUGUCUCCGCCCCCUGGAUCAGUACAAGUCUUAAACAGUGCAGUUAGACUAAGCCAGCCGAAUGGCCCCUCAGUUGUGCUCAGUGGCACGGAAGAGAGGAGCUCCUCUGCCACACCACUUCACCACGUGGGGUCAGUGUCAGGAUCGCACGCCAGCCAACACAAACUCAGCCCUGAGGCCUGCCUCUCUCCGGCUCCUCCAGCGGUCCAGUCCAUGGGCUUGGGAAGUGCAUCACACCCUGCAGUGGGCCAACACAAGCCCCUGUGCCCAGGAGACGCACGAGAUGGGUGUAAUCACACACCACUGAUUGGGAGCUCAGCGACUGAAACUGGUGUUCCAGGCAAAACAUCUGGAGAGCCUCAGCAGUCCCAGACGGCCAUGGGGCAGGCUGAGAAACCACAGCCGCCCUCUGCUGGUUGCAGGGUGGAGAUCAGGGGGACCAGAGGUGCUGUGGAAGUGGACCAGGGCAAUACACGCAGCAUGGGUGUGGAGCCAACUCAAGUGUGCAUCCAACAGGAAAAGACUCUCAGAGCUGAGGAGACACCCUGUGCAAGCUCAAUCAGGGCUGGUCAAGGACCAGGCGAUGUGCUCCCCCCCCAAAGCUCACUGCUGCCGCUGGGAGACUCUGGGUCAGAGAGGCGGAGGAGGGUCCCCGAGGAGCUAUGGCAUGGAGCAAAGGAGGAGGAGAGAGGAGGGUCACAGGAGGAGGAGGAGAAGAACAACAGUAAACUGCCCGAGGGGCAGGUUGGGGGCGACGUGGGAGGCAGAGGACAAAAUGACGGGGGAGCGGAUGAAAGAAUGCCGGACCUGCAGGCGGAGGAGUGGACGAUGAAGGAAUGCAACUUAAGACAGGAGACAAGCAGUCAUGAACCCAUCUGGACCCUUUCUGUGCCUCUUUCUCCUCCUCCUCCUCCUCCACCACCUUCACCUCCUUGUGCACCUCCACCCUCCCAGGGGAGCCCUGGCAUGUUGCUCAACCUUCAACUCGACACCAGCUCUUCACCCGCCACCCCACUCUAUCCAUCCGGCAACUUAUCUAGCAGCAGCAGCAGCAGCGGCAGUUCAAUUCAAUCAAGGACACUUCGCCAUUCCCAGCCAUUUGUCCAGUGCAUGACUCAAGCACACUCCAGGAGGGCGAACGCAGCGAGAUGUUAUCAGGAGCCCGGGGAAGUGGCAGUGUCCUCUCCGGAGACUGGAGCCGCUGCCCCCCCGCCCGGCCCGUCACCCGGUGACCUGCCGCUGCACUCUCGCGCAGAAGCUGCAAAUCACUCGGAGGCCGGGUGGAAGACACAUGCACUCCUCGGACACACCGAACAGACCUUCACCUGCUUGAGCCACCCAGGGGAGACCCUGUCAGACUCCCAACAUCCCAGGCCUCUUCGCACAGAGGUGCAGACUCAUGUCGUGGGAGAGAGGUCCAACUCCCAGCCAAACGGACUGGCCCCGGGCAGGAGACUGUCUCGAGCAGCUAAAGUGCGGAGCGGUGAGAUGGUCAGUUUGAGUCGCAGCCUCAGGGGGGCGAGGAAGUGUAUGGACGAUAAGGAGGAGAACUCCAGCAGUAGUGAUGACGAAGGAAAGCUGGUCAUCGAGUUUGAGUUGAACUGAGGGAAAUUGCACUUGAAUGUAUGUAUACAUAAAAAAUACUCAUAUGGACAAACAUGUACAUAUAUACACACAUGCACAGAACACAAGAUGAAGACCAAACACACACAAGCUAUGAAAUGUCUCACACACAUAUACAUAUCAACAACAAACUGUGUCUCAUCCAAUCUCGCACGCCAACUCACACAAACAAGCUUUGAUAUUUUACUACUGCCAGCAGUGCCAGAGACCCCUGUACUCUCUCUCUCAGACACACACACGCAAACUCAUUUAGAACCUGACUCUGCAUCCAUACUCAACCCCCCUCUCCCUCACUUCUCUCUCUCUCUCAUUCUCACGCACUAGCUAUCAAGCUCCCACUCUCGCCACCUGUGUGCUGAAUCAUGCAGUGAUCAGGCCCUCCAGGUAUGCCCACGGGAAGCUGGCAUACGAGAGGCAGACACACACACACACACAGGAACACUCACCUCCUCAGUGUUUCACCCCCGCUUGGUUGUUCGGGACAUGUGAUUCAUUUUUACUCAGACGCGGUCUGUGACUGUAAACAGGAAGUUGUCGGCACGAGAGCAUACUCUCACAGUAUCUCAGGUUCCCAAGGAAUCUGCCGUCAAAGAUAUCCGUCAGCAAGAUUGGUUUCAGCCAUUAGGGGAGGGUGUGUUAAUCUUCACCUGUACAAUGCCCUCAGGCAGGAGUUGUUGUGAAGCAGUUUUUACAACUCCGGCUUAUUCUCGCCUCUGCAAUUUUGUGGUGAAGUCUGUGAGUCAAGUGCAAUUUAAGAUUAUGUUUGUGGACACAGUAACAUUUCCGUUAAUAGGUGACAAUCUAUUAUUGCUGAGCGUUGUUUCUUUUGUAAUUUACAUUUUUCUCCCAAAAUUUUGUUCAAUAAAU